AUGAAACAGUACAUUCCAGAUAGUUCUUUUUACAAAGUUAUAAAGCUUUACAAGAAGGAAAAAGCCGAGCAUGUGAUAUAUGAGACGAAUGAUAACAAGUCGGGGACAAGAUGCCAUAAAGAAAAACGGGAGGUGCAUAACCACGAAGUGUGUGUACUUACAGAUGAGGGACUACAUACGGAAGUGUUGAUAACGCUAUUCAUGAUGCUUAUGGAUGAAUGCAAAGAGCAGUAG